UUUGCGGGAAGACGAGCAGCUCCGGCCGCGGUGCUGCUUUUACUGCUGAGACUCUGGAAAAUAUCCGUGCUUCGCGUCCCCAAUACACCCAAAGGAACGGCGGAAACCGGGACCCCGCCCGCGGGGACCCGGAACUGGUCUGCUACGAUGGCAUCCGAUGACUUUGAUAUAGUGAUUGAGGCCAUGCUGGAGGCUCCCUAUAAAAAAGAGGAGGAUGAACAGCAAAGGAAAGAGGUUAAAAAAGAUGGCCCUAGCAACACCAGCAUGAGCAGUACCAGCACCAGUGGGAGCAGCGCCGGUGGGGAGGCAAGCAAGAAGAAGAGGAGUCGGAGCCAUAGUAAAAGCAGGGAUAGAAAGCGCAGCCGCAGUCGGGAGCGGGACCGGCACAGGCGGAGAAGCAGUCGGAGCCGAAGUCGAGACCGGCAGCGUCGCCACCGCAGCCGGAGCCGGGACCGGCGGCACAGCAGUGAGACACGCAGUCGGGACCGGCGGCGUGAGGACCGCGUGCGCUACAGGAGCCCGCCGCUUGCCGCUGGGCGCAGGUACACACACAGUAAGAGUCCUCAUUUCAGAGAAAAGAGCCCGGUCAGGGAGCCCAUUGAUAAUCUGAGUCCCGAGGAGCGUGAUGCUCGCACAGUUUUCUGUAUGCAGUUAGCUGCCCGCAUUCGGCCUCGGGACCUGGAGGACUUUUUCUCUGCUGUCGGCAAGGUACGUGAUGUCCGAAUCAUCUCCGAUCGGAACUCCCGGCGUUCUAAGGGCAUCGCCUACGUGGAAUUCUGUGAAAUCCAGUCUGUGCCGCUGGCCAUUGGGCUGACUGGGCAACGGCUGCUUGGAGUGCCCAUCAUUGUCCAGGCUUCACAGGCUGAGAAAAACCGACUGGCAGCCAUGGCCAACAACCUGCAGAAGGGCAGCAGCGGGCCAAUGCGCCUCUAUGUGGGCUCCCUGCACUUCAAUAUCACGGAGGACAUGCUCCGGGGCAUCUUUGAGCCCUUUGGCAAAAUUGAUAAUAUUGUCUUGAUGAAGGACUCAGAUACAGGCCGUUCUAAAGGUUAUGGUUUCAUUACGUUCUCAGACUCUGAGUGUGCCCGGCGGGCCCUGGAACAGCUGAAUGGCUUUGAGCUUGCUGGUCGACCUAUGAGAGUUGGCCAUGUGACCGAGCGACUGGAUGGUGGCACAGACAUCACUUUUCCGGAUGGGGACCAGGAGCUGGAUCUGGGAUCUGCAGGUGGACGUUUGCAGCUCAUGGCCAAAUUGGCAGAAGGCUCUGGAAUCCAGUUGCCUACCACAGCUGCAGCUGCUGCCGCCGCUGCCCAGGCUGCUGCUGCCUUGCAACUGAACGGGACAGUUCCCUUGGGGGCCCUGAACCCUGCGGCUCUGACUGCUCUGAGUCCAGCCCUGAACCUCGCCUCCCAGGCAAUCGCCUCCCAGUGCUUCCAGCUUUCUAGCCUCUUUACUCCUCAGACCAUGUGAGUCUCAGGGUCUGGCUCAGUUUAGUCUUUGGUUAUUUUCUUUCCUUUAGCUUCCCAUUGAUCUCUUCUCCUUGCCAUAGGUAAGUCAGUGGUAUAGUACACUGCCUCCCUGGGCCUCUGGGUCCUGCCGCUCCCGUCUCCACAUCGACCUCUCCAUGGCCCCUUCUCCAUUUUGUGGACCAAGCCAUCUUGAGCGCAUGGACGUGGGCUCUGCGGGAAUUGGGGCCACCCUUGGACUCGAGAAGAGCUCCUGCCCAGGGCCCCAUUGGGAAUGGACUCUGCUGAGCAAAGCCACUAGUCGAAGAGGACAGAAUCUGCACCUGUUGAACACCUGUUUCUCCGCGUAUGUUGUCUUCUGGGAUGACCUUCAUUGCUCUUUCCAACCACCUCUUGGUGAUUCCUCGAUUGCUCCCCCGUUGGGAAGGCCAUAGGGCAUUAACUGAAGGAACUAACCUCUCUCCUCUUCCUAUACCUUUUCCCUAC